UCUGAACAAGACAUAGAGACGCUACCGCUCCCUAUAAAUCGAAAUUUCUAUCCUCUUCCCCUAUUCCAUUCUCUCUCUCUCUCUCUCGCUAAUCGAAUCAGAAAGCAAUCGUUACUUUGCUGACAAACAUGGGUGGUGGAAAGGAUAAGCAUGGUGAAUCUGACAAAGGGUUAUUCUCACACCAUGGCCAUCAUGGUGGCCAUGGAUAUCCUCCAGGACAGUACCCUCCUCCUGGGGCAUAUCCUCCAGGAGCAUACCCUCCACAACAAGGUUAUCCGCCGCAUGGUUACCCACCUCAAGGCUACCCACCAGCAGGAUAUCCUCCUGGUGCUUACCCACCAUCUGGGUAUCCUGGUCCAUCUGCUCCACAUCAUUCAGGACAUGGAGGCAUUGGGCCACUCAUAGCUGGGGGUGCAGCUGCUGCAGCUGCAUAUGGUGCUCACCAUCUCAGCCAUGGCUCUCACUAUCCUCAUGGCCCCCACUAUCCUCAUGGUCCCCACAUGCAUCAUGGGAAGUUUAAGCACCAUGGAAAGUUCAAGCACGGCAAGUUUGGAAAGCAUGGGAAACACGGCAAGUUUGGCAAGCAUGGGAUGUUCGGGGGAAAGUUCAAGAAAUGGAAAUGAUCUUUUUCUAUAUUUCCUUACAUUAUCAUGUGGACCCUGUAAGAUAAAUGCUGAUCCUGCGAGAAUAAUUACAUUACUACCUUCACAAACUAUAAAAUGCAAAAAAAAUCUUAUAAUUU